AUGGCUAUUGGUGAAGAGGUGUCUCUUUCAAUUAAAGAAGAUGUUGCUCCUCAAAAAGAUAUAACAAGGGCAAUCCUUGAAAUACAAAUCUUCACUCUUGCAUCACUCUUAAAAUCAUGUUUGUCUGUAUGUUUUGUGUUUUUGUGUUUGGGAUAUUUUCUUAUUUGUGUCUUUUUGUAUGUGUUCUGUUUGAUCACAUCUUUCCUUGGUAUUGUCUUGGUGCUCUACUGCUUACCCCAAUCUGUAGUGUCUUGGUUUUAAUCAUAAAAUAACUUUAUUUCAAGUACCAGCAAAGAAGAAGGAAACACUCCCACAGCCUACUGAGCCGCUUGUAAAGAAAGUGCCUAAGCUAGAGAAAACAGCUGUUGCUGAGGUGAAAGUAACACCUCCAAAGCCGGCUGAGCCACUUGUAAAGAGAGUGUCUUCGCCAGAGUCUAAACCAGAGAAAAUGAAUGCUGAGGAGGUGAAAGAAUCACCUCUUAGGCCGGCUGAGCCACCGGCUAAGAAAGUAACUAGACUAGAGUCUAAGCCAGAGACCAAGCCAGAGAAAAUGGCAAAAACUGAGAAAACAGCUUUUGCUGAGGAGAUUAAAGAUUCACCUCUAAAGCCUGCUGAGCCAAAAAAAGUGUCUAAGCCAGAGACUAUGGUUAUUGCUGAGCUGGAAUCACCACCAAAGCCUACUGAGCCACUUGCAAAGAAUGUGGCUGAGCCAGAGACUAAGCCAGAGAAGAGAGCUAUUCUUGAAGAAGAUGUUGUUCCCAAAAAAGGUAUAACAAGGAAACCUAAAAUACAAAUCUUAAAUCUUGCAUCACUCUUAAAAUCUUUAUAUUUUGUGUGUUAUGUUUGUGUCAAUGUUAUGCAUUUUUGAUGUUUUUCUGUGUGUGUGCUCUGUUUAUAUUUGAUAACGUCUUUCUCUGAUACUUUCUUAGUGGUCCAAUGCUUACCGCAAUCGUAUCUUGAUUGUAGUAUCUUGAUUUUGACCAUAUCAUUUUAUUUAAAGUUCCAGCAAAGGAGAAGGAAUCAGCUCCAAAGCCUGCAGAGCCACUUCUAAAGAAAGUAUCUAAGCCAGAGUCUAAACCUGAGCCUAAAUCUGAGUAUAAACCAGAGAAGAAGGCUAUUGCUGAAGUGGUGUCUCUUUCAAGUGAAGACGAUGUUGCUCCCCAAAAAGGUAUAACAAGGCCAAUCCUUGAAACACAAAUCUUAAAUCUUAAAUCUUAAAAUCUUAAAAUCUUGCUAUCCUGUCUGUUAUGUUGGUGUGUGUUAUGUAUUUUGGAUAUUACAUAUUAUCUUGUAUGUGUCUUUGUGUGUUGAAAACAUGUUUCUUCUCAGUGGUUUAUUGCUUACUGCAACAUGCAGAGUCUUGAUUUUGACCAUAGUAUAAUUUUAUUUUAAGUACCAAUAAAGGAGAAGGAAACAUCUCCAAAGCCCACUGAGCAACUUGCAAAGAAAGUCAGCCCUCUUGAAGGUACAUUUCUGUUAAAUGUUUGUCAUUUAUAUUCUUACAUUUCUUUCAAUACAUUUGUGAAUUAAUGCUUCUUGGGCAAAUAUAAAUCUUAAACACUAUUUUGAAGCACCUCGAGAGAAAAAGGCUACAGAGAAGACAAAGCCUGCCAUCCAAGAGCAAGAACAAUACAAUAUGAAGCCAGGUAUUCAGCUAAGAAUGUUCUGAAUAAUCUGGAUAUAAAAUCACAAACUAAUAUCCUAUUAAUAUUCUGAAACCAUACCAUCCAAAUAAAACCAAGCAUUCUUUCUUCAACAUUAUUCUAGGCAUAGAGGGUUGAGGCUAGUAUAUUUGGCUUGGGUUUCUCCAAGUCACUUAACAAAAGGUUUUAGCGUUUUAGCAAAGAUUGUUACCUCUUAAUUCCAUUAAGCAUUCCUGUUCUUUGUCUGUCCUUCCUAUAAUGUUGUAUGUGCAUGUUAUACUAUUUACUGUAAAUCAGGUAGGUGCCACCUCUAAUCUCAUUCUCAGCAAUGCUGGGGUUUUGUAUGUAAUGUCAUUUUGUAUGUCUUAACUAAGUUCUCAUCCUGAAAUGUAUUAAUGAUGAAAAUGGGAGCAUGUAAUAUAUUCCCUCUUUUAUAUCUUCACUUGAUAAUAUUACUUCAACUGUCCUGAUCUUUGAUUGGUUAUGGGAGGAAUAUCCCUUGAAAUUCCAGGAUUGGUUCCUCAAGGUUAAUGUUCAAUACCAUUCAAAGAGAAAUUAAUCAAUAUCUUAUAGAAAGUGAUUGCGUUCGUUCCCUCAAUCAUAUCUCAAUUUCCUAACCGUACAUGAUACAUUGAGGCUUGUAUCCCAUAUAUCUUCAAAUGUUUGUUUUUAGGUGGACUCAUUUUAAAAAACGUUUCUAUAAUGUCCCUACUAGGUGAAGGCAAGCAGGCACCAGGACCAGCUAAGAAAGGUAUGGUGAAUACUUGUUUUUUUCUUCAUUUAUAAUCACAUUUCCCUAUUCCUUGCAUGUAAAGAAAUAUCCAGUUCAAACUUUUAAAUAUCUAGUACUAUUGUGUACUGUGGUAUUGUUGUUUUCUGUUCAUUUUAUUUGUUUGUUGAGUAUUUUUUGUUUGUUUGUUGUGUGUUGUCCUAUUGGUCUUAGUCUAUUGUUCAAUGUGUAAAACCUCAGGGUUUUAAUUUAGUCUGGUGUGAUGUUUUCAUUGUUAUUAUCUUGUUUAGUGAGCUGUUAAGUGUACUGUGAAACCUUUGCUGCAGUUCUCCGACAAAAAGCUAAAAUUCACAUUGAGGAAGAAGAAAUACUUGUACUGCCAACCUUGAUGAAAACAACCAGGAUAUCCAAAGACGCGGAGCAAGAACAGGAGAUUAUAUCACUGAAGAAAGUGCCUUCAGUCCCCUUUGAAGAUCUGCCAGCACCACUAAAGAAACCUCCUCCAAAUAUUACAAAGCAUACAAUCCAUGACUUUGAAGAGAGAGUGUAUGAAGAAGGUGAAGUAACAAUAUCUGAAAGAUAUGAGGCAGAGCAAAUAAGCAUGACAGAUAAAAUCAGCAAGAUACCUGAUGGAGCAAAAGUAAAGACACCUAAAGAAGUUGAACCAAAAGACUCAACUGAGGACAAAUGGUCUCUGAAGACCAUUCCCAGAGAUGAAAAAGAAGAGGGCAAAAUUACUUUGAAGAAAACUCCCAAGGGGAUGAAAGAAGAGGCACCAACAGACCCCAGUUUAGCCCAAAAUAAACUAUCCAGAUUGCCAUCAGAUGAAAAAGAACAAGAAACUGUGAAGUUAAAACCAUUCCAAAAAUCUCUUAAAGCAGGGAUCAUUGAGCCAGAGAAGGACAAGGACAAAGACAAAGAAUCUAUGGUUUUCAAGAGAGGAGAGAGACAACCAAGAGAUGAAGACAUUAAAGAACCUGUUGAUCGUAAGAAAGCUGAUAGAAUUCCUAGUGCUAAAGAAGAGCCACAGGCAGUCAAAUUAAAACCAGUGGCGAAAGUUCCUGAAGAUGAACAAGUCUGGGAUUCUGACAAACCAUUGACAAAGGUGAAAAGGAUUCCAACACAGGAGCAAGAGAAGGAAGAUGUUAAAUUGAAGCCAUUUUCAAAGUCACCUAAAGCUGACACUGAAGCUGUCCAAAGUCCUCCAAAGACAGCACCCGCAAAGAAAAUGGAAAAGAGUCCUCAAGAGGAAAAGCCAGUACAGUUAAGAAAGGUGGAGCUUGUGCCAAAAGAACCAGAGGACGAAGACAAACCCUUAAAGCAUGAAGAGACACUUAAGAAAAUGGUGGAACUGAAAAAGACUCCUUCACCUAAGGUUGAAAAACCAAAAGAAAUAGAAACAAUUACUAUGGAGAGGAAGCCCAGUGCAGAAAGGACAAAAAAGCAGCCCAAAGAAGUUUCACCAAAAGAUUCAUUUGAAGGUGUUACCCUAAAAAAAGUUCCAAAGAAAUCACCACAACAGGAAACUGAUGGAGCACCACCGAAGAAGGUGCCAGCAAUGAAAGAGCUUUCCCCUAAAGUUGUACAGUUACGAAAUAUCUCGUCUCAGCUGGAGGAGGAAGUAUUUGAGGAGGAGCCAGAGGCUGAGGAGGAAUCUGACAAUGAAGGUUGGGGAUGGCAACUUGUCCCUCGGGAUAGUUGUGGGUCCACAGAAGACUGGGGAGAGGAAGGUGAUGCACUUGAGACCCCUGGAAUGCCAAGACAAGGUGAGAUGAAUGCUGGAGCGUAUCAACAUUAAUGGCUCAGAAAAAGUCCUUCACCCCAAAUAAUCUCCAUCCAUUUCCAUCUUCAUGUUUUUAUGUUCUACAUGUUAAUGUUUGUCAUCAUUCCGUAUUGUUUCUUCAUGUCGAUCAUUUUCAUCAGAAAAGUAUUUUAUCCCAAAUAAUCUUAAUCCAUUUCCAUCUUGUUCUAUGUGACGUUUGUCACCAUUGUGUGUUGUUUCUUCAUGUCAGUCUCCAUGUUUGUGCUAUUUGUCUGUCAAUCCAUGUAAAAAGUACGUUUAGCAUGUUGUUAUUCCACAUGGUGUUUAACAUUGUGUAGUAUAUACCCAUCUCCCAUCAUCCAUUGUCCAUUUGUUUCCAUCAUCAUCCUUCAUCUUUAUUUAUCUCACCUUAUUGUGUGUAACAUUCGGAGUACAAAUAUUUACAAGGGAUUUGAAUGUGACCUGUCUUUACGUUAUAGUCAUUCUAAAUAUCUUAAACAGAUGGAAAGCCAGCAGAAGAAGCAGGUGCAGGCAGAGGUAGAGGUAGAGGCCUCAAAGGUAAGACUAUCCAUGUGAAAAUAAUAUAUUUUUUAGAGUGCUGUGUCAGCACACAACUCUUUUCCCUCAUAGUAUUUUUCAAGCUUAUUCUCUUUCUUCAUAGUGUUCAUACUGUAACUACUUUUGAACGGUUUACAUUAUAAUCACUGUUCAAACUUUAAAACAUGUGGACAGAUUAAACUUAUAUUGUUUGUCAACAGUUUUUUAAUAUAAUUUAUUCUACUUAACUACUAAGAUUUUUGUCCUUCCCAAAACCUCCAUCAGCUUCAAUGGGAUGUCUUCAAUAUUCUAAACUUCUCAUAAUUCAGCAAUGACAUCCAACAUUCUAUCCACUGUGAACACUUGCUUUUGAAAGAAAUCAGCUACUUUGACCAAUUUCCCAACAAGUUGGACAAAAACUCAGUGUAUGAAAUCUUUGUCUCUUUCUCGGGUUUUCAAAUAAGCAAUCAGAAUAUAAAUAUAUUCUACAACUAUUUUAGUAAACGCAUAAGCUUCUUUCUUUUGCUGCUAGUUAUAACAAAAAUAGUUGCUAUGCAGGCUAGAUAACAUUCCCUUGCUAGCUAGCCAACUCAAUUAAUUCUUCAUUCUAGUAGUUAAUACAGUAGCAUGUUGAAUUAAGCAAGGAUAAGAGACUUGUCCAAGUCCAUGUCUGAGUCACUGGGGGGCAGUGGAUGCACAGUGAUAAUUCAAAUGGAACUGGCAUUUGCCAUGGAUUAUUGUGAAUAACAAACGCCUAUCAACCAAUCAGCAUCCAGGAACUAAUCUACGAUUUUAUAAAGGCUACUAUCCCACUACAAUUAAUGAUACAGUCAUUAGCCUGAUUCUGAUACACUAGCCUACAUUUUUCAAACACUAGCCAGAAGCCUCUAAUAAUUUAAACUUCUGAACUUCUUCCUCUACCAUAAAAAUACUUUUGGACAGCUGAUGCAGCACUCACAUUUUCUAUUAGGAAAUAUUAUUUUAUAAUUUAACACUGUUAGUGUUAACAAUGUAAGUGUUAAACUGUAAGUGCUUUAAUGGUAAGUGUUAAAAAAUGUAUUCGUUUGAAAAUGUUAACACUUUUAACUCAUGUAAACAGGCUAAACAUGUAAUCUGUGUAAUUGUGUCUGAAUUGUAGCAGGCAAAACUCCAUCCCCUGGUGAAGGCAGGGGUAGAGGACUAAAACCCGGUGGUGGUGGAGGAGACAAACCCCCAGAUGCUAAUCCUUUCGGAUUCCAGCUCAAAGCAGUUCCACUGAAGUUUACGAAACCACUCAAGGACAUAGUGUUACAAGAAGGUGAUGCUGUUGGUGCAUCUGCUACAUUUGAGUGUGAAGUUUCACCUUCUACUGCUGUAACUACAUGGAUGAAAGAUGGCAGCAACCUAAGAGAGAGUCCAAAACACAAAUUCACCUCUGAUGGCAAAGAUCGAAGACUGGCCAUUAUUGACGUCCAACUGGUGGACACUGGAGAAUACACUUGUGUUGCCAAGCUGGGCAACAAGGAAAAGACAACAACCGCCAAACUCAUUGUUGAAGGUAUUUCAGAUAAUUUAUUUAAUUUAAAGAAUGUGAAUUAUUUACAUUAUAUAAGAAAUUAGUUACUAACAAUUAAUUAAUUAUGUAUUCAUACAUCUUAUUUCUUUACAAAAUCAUGUAAACCACUGAAAAGCUGAUAACAAUUAAUUUCCAAGUGAUGUAGCUUUAAUAACGGUUGUUUACUUAAUGUCAUGUUUUAUAUUGUCAUACAAAAAUGUAUACCAUAUAACUACACAAUUUUAUGGAGAGUACCCCCCUUUUUGAUAAAGUAUUCCUUAAUCUAUGUAGCUUUUGUCACGUUUAAGUUGUGCUGAUAAUUAUAUAUAUAUAUAUAUAUAUAUAUAUAUAUUAUUGAUAUGGGUUGAUGCAUUUUACCUUUAUAUUUUGAUGCAAAUCAUUUGUAUGCACAUUUUCAUGUAAAUAAUUACCUAAUACUUACCCAAUACUUACCUGUUCAGAACUACCCGUGAAGUGGGUGAAAGAGCUGGUUGAGGAGACGUCGGUCAUGAAGGGGCAGCCUAUGUACCUGAACUGUGAGUUGAACAAGGAGAGAGAAGUGACCUGGAUGAAGAGUGGUAAUGUCCUCAAAGUAAUCCCUGGAAAGGUGGCCAUCAACGUCAUUGGAAUGCAACAAGCCGUUACGAUCCAGAACAUGGGAGAUGACGACGCUGGAAUCUACGCAUGCGAGUGUGAACUCAUCAGGACUAAAACAACUGUCAAAAUCAUUGGUAUGUAGAGAAUUCCCUAAAUAAACCGUUGACACUUAUCAACAAUAUAAAUAUACUGAAUCUGUUAGUCUACGUACGAAAACUGAUUACAAAUAAAUGUUUACAGAAAUUGUCAGAGACUGGUUGGUGAAACCAUUGAGAGAUCAGCAUGUGAAACCCAAGGCCACUGCCACUUUCAAGUGUGAGCUCUUCAAAGAAACCCCUAACUGGAAGUGGUUCAAAGGCAACGAUGAGAUUACUAAUGAUCCCACUGACAAGACUGAGGUCAAGAAAGAAGGCAAAGUCCUGACUCUCACAAUAAAGAAUGCACAGCCCGAAGAUAUUGCAGAAUAUGCCAUGGAGGUUGAAGGCCACAGAUACACAGCUAAACUGACUCUUGGAGGUUGGUUGCACAAUCACACAUAUCCUGUAUGGUGUUGAAUCUAGUAAGGCUACCUACAUGAAGUGAAUGCUUAUUAUAUACUUUUGAUAUUUUUACAGAACGUGAAGCUGAGAUCUUGAAGCCUCUCUCAAGUUGCGAGGUGGUUGAGAAAGAGGAUGUUACAUUUGAAACUGAAAUAUCUGAAGAGGAUGUGCCUGGAGAAUGGACACAUAAAGGGCAGGUCUUAACAAGAUCACCGGUAAGACUUGUCUUAUGAUUUGACUGUAAUAUUUGCACGGACACUAAGCGUAACCACAAUUUUCAGAAAUGUUGAACAGUCUUUGAUAUAUUUUUUAAUUGUGCAUUUUCAGACAUGUGAGAUCAAAAUGGAGGGCAAGAAACGUUUCCUCACUCUGAAAAGUGUUCCACUUGAAGCAUCUGGAGAGGUGUCUUAUACAGCUCUGAAUGCUGUCACUAGUGCUGUGCUCACAGUCAAGGGUAAGCAAUUGUUCCAAGAGCACAGUAUGUAUGUAUGUAUGUAUGUAUUUACAUUAUAUAUACAAAAGUAUGUGGACACCCCUUCAAAUUAGUGGAUUCGGCUAUUUCAGCCACAGACGUUGCUGACAGGUGUACAGUAUAUGUAAGGACAGAUGCUUGGAGACGAGAAGAAAGUACAGGGAGUGAACAUACAAUGGAAAAACUGACAGGAACAAAACACCGACAGCGUCUGGACAACAGAAACGAAACAACAUUAAUGCAGAGACGGGGAUCAAACUGAGGAACAGACAGAUAUAGGGGAGGUAACCAAGCAGUGACAAAGUUCAGGUGAGUCCAAUGAAGCGCUGAUGUGCGUAACGAUGGUGACAGGUGUGCGUAAUGAUGAUCAGCCUGGCACCCUCGAGCCGGCCGAGGCGCGGGAACCUGUCGAGCCGGCCGAUGCGUGGGAGCCUGACUCCAUGUUCCAGAGACGUGGGAGCCUGACGAGCCGGCUGAGGCGUGGAAGCCUGACGAACCAGCUGAGGCAUGGAAUCCUGACGAGCCGGAUGAGUCGUGGAAGCCUGACGAGCCGGCUGAGGCAUGAUGCGCAUAACGAUGGUGACAGGUGUGCGUAAUGAUGAUCAGCCUGGCGCCCUCGAGCGCCAGAGAGGGGGAGCAGGAGCAGGCGUGACAGUAUAAAAUUGAGCACACACCCAUGCAAUCUCUGUAGACAAACAUUGGCAGUAGAAUGGUCUUACUGAAGAGCUUAGAGACUUUCAACGUGGCACCGUCAUAGGAUGCCACCUUUCCAACAAGUCAGUUCGUCAAAUUUCUGCCCUACUAGAGCUGCCCCGGUCAACUGUAAGUGCUAUUAUUGUGAAGUGGAAACGUCUAGGAGCAACAACGGCUCAGCCGCGAAGUGGUAGGCCACACAAGCUCACAGAACGGGACCGGCGAGUGCUGAAACGCGUACCGCGUAAAAAUCGUCUGUCCUCGGUUGCAACACUCACUAUCGAGUUCCAAACUGCCUCUGGAAGCAACGUCAGCACAAUAACUGUUAUUUGGGAGCUUCAUGAAAUGGGUUUCCAUGGCUGAGCAGCCGCACACAAGCCUAAGAUCACCAUGCGCAAUGACAAGCGUCGGCUGGAUUGGUGUAAAGCUCGCUGCCAUUGGACUCUGGAGCAGUAGAAACGCAUUCUCUGGAGUGAUGGACGAAUCUGGGUUUGGCGGAUGCCAGGAAAACUCUACCUGCCCGAAUGCAUAGUGCCAACUGUAAAGUUUGGUGGAGGAGGAAUAAUGGUCUGGGGCUGUUUUUCAUGGUUCGGGCUAGGCCCAUUAGUUCCAGUGAAGGGAAAUCUUAACGCUGCAGCAUACAAUGACAUUCUAGGCGAUUCUGUGAUUCCAACUUUGUGGCAACAGUUUGGGGAAGGCUCUUUCCUGUUUCAGCAUGACAAUGCCCCUGUGCACAAAGCGAGGUCCAUACAGAAAUGGUUUGUUGAGAUCGGUGUGGAAGAACUUGACUGGCUUGCACAGAGCCCUGACCUCAACCCCAUCGAACACCUUUGGGAUGAUUUGGAACGCUGACUGUGAGCCAGGCCUAAUUGCCGAACAUCAGUGCCCGACCUCACUAAUGCUCUUGUGGCUGAAAGGAAGCAAGUCCCCGUAGCAAUGUUCCAACAACUAGUGAAAAGCCUUCCCAGAAGAGUGGAGGCUGUUAUAGCAGCAAAGGGGGGACCAACUCCAUAUGAAUGCCCAUGAUUUUGGAAUGAGAUGUUCGACGAGCAGGUGUCCACAUACUGUUGGUCAUGUAGUGUAUGUAUUGAUGAUGUUAUGCAUGUAUUGACAAAGAGAUCCUUAUUCGUACCUCCUAGAAAUGGAAAUGGACUUCACAGUCCACUUGAAGGAUGUGUCUGUACCUGAAAAGAAACAGGCUAUGUUUGAGUGUACUAUCACAAGGGAUGUGCCUAAAGUCAUGUGGUUAAAGGGUUCUGACACCAUUGGUACAUCAGACAAAAAAUAUGAAAUAAUCGAUGAUGGAUAA